CCUCCUCCUCGGACGUCCAAUCACGUCGCAGGAUUCUCCGCCCAGAGAGGGGUUCGGAUGUUGGUAGGUAAAUUUAGAAACCAUCCAGCUGAACUGAAUUCACAUGACCAGGAGGUGACGCCGGCCGGAGCAACGACACACACCCUCCUCACCGUAACGGCCUCAGUGUGUCUGCUGACCUUCACGAAAUGCUGCCCUGAUUCUGAAUACAGGAGGUGUAGCAUGUCUAGCGACCGUGACGCCAUGGAGCUUGGGCGAAACGGAGCCUCCAAGCACCAGUCUGCAGGUGAAAACAAACAAGGUGCCACCGUUAGUUUCCACAAUAUUCACUAUAAGGUGAAGCAGGGAGGAGGCUGUUUCUGCCUGAAGAAGGCCUCAACCAAAGACAUCCUCAUUGACCUGAAUGGGCUCAUGAAGCCGGGCCUGAACGCCAUCAUGGGAGCAACAGGAAGCGGGAAGUCAUCGUUCCUGGAUGUCUUGGCAGCCAGAAAAGACCCUGCCGGUCUCUCAGGAGAAGUCCUGAUCAACGGCGCUCCGCAGCCUCCCAACUUCAAAUGUCUGUCUGGAUAUGUGGUGCAGGACGACGUAGUGAUGGGAACCCUGACGGUCAGACAGAACUUCGCCUUCUCUGCCGCGCUGCGUCUGCCGUCCUCCAUCAGCCAGAAGGAGAAGGAGCAGAAGGUGGAGAAACUGAUCCAGGAGCUGGGACUGGGACGAGUCGCUAACUCCAAGGUGGGAACUCAGCUGAUUCGUGGGAUCUCUGGCGGGGAGAGGAAGAGGACGAACAUCGGCAUGGAGCUGAUCAUCGACCCGCCCGUCCUCUUCCUGGAUGAACCCACCACGGGGCUGGACGCCAGCACCGCCAACUCUGUGCUGCUGCUGCUGAAGAGGAUGGCAAACCACGGCCGCACCAUCAUCCUGUCCAUCCAUCAACCGCGGUACAGCAUCUACCGCCUGUUCGACAGCCUCACGCUGCUCGUCAACGGAAAACAGGUUUACCACGGUCCGGCACAGAAAGCCCUGGAGUAUUUCUCUGAAAUUGGAUAUCACUGUGAGGCUCAUAACAACCCUGCUGACUUCUUCCUGGACGUCAUCAACGGAGACUCAACCGCGGUCACCCUUAGCAACCUGGAAGGAGACGAUUCUCAACAAGAUGCAGAAUCAAUGUCCAAUGCCAAUACUACAAACAGACAAAAGACGAGCUGGGUGGGUUCAAGAGAAAUUAGAUUUACCUCAAAACCCUUUGGAGAGACAAAGACCCUACAAAGGCAGAUUAUUGAUGAACACAGGACCGGCGCUCUCUUCUUCAUCGUGGUGAAUCAGUGUUUCAGCUCGCUGUCGGCCGCUGAACUCUUCAUCGCGGAGAGGAAACUCUUCAUACAUGAAUACAUCAGCGGUUACUACAGACUCUCUGUCUACUUCCUGUCUAAGAUCCUGUCUGACAUCAUCACUCUGAGGACCAUCCCCGCCAUCGUCUUCACCUGCGUCGCCUACUACAUGAUUGGCCUGAAGCCGACGGCGGGGGCUUUCUUCACCUUCAUGUUCAGCGUGGCUCUGGUGUCGUACACCGCCACCUCCAUGGCCAUGGCCAUCUCGGCCGACCAGACGGUGGUGGCCAUCGCCAACAUCUUCAUGACCAUCACCUGCGUCUUCAUGAUGAUCUUUGCAGGUCUGUUGGUGAAUGUGACCUCCAUCGUCAACUGGCUGGCCUGGUUGAAGUACCUCAGUAUACCCAGAUAUGGACUGAGUGCUCUGCAAGCAAACGAGUUCCCCGGUCUGGAGUUCACCUGGAAAGGAAACAUUUCCAUGUCAGGUGAGGAUUACCUGACGGAGCAGGGAGUUGAACACUCCACCUGGGGUCUCUGGCAGAACCACCUGGCUCUGAGCAUCAUGACCAUCUGCUUCCUCAUCAUCGCAUACCUCAAACUGCGCUUCAUCAAGAAGUUCACAUAAAGCCUCCUGGAAACACUGCAACCAAAAUUUAGAUGCAAUUUGUUAUUUUCCAUCCAUUUGGUUUAUUAUUGUGUUUAGAGUUGUUUAAUCUGUUGAAACCAGCCAUUUUAUCUCAGAUAAGUUCUUUGUAAAAUCUUUAGUUUUUAAGACACAUCAUGUACUCACUCCGUAUUAUCACUGUUUCAUGCUGUAUUAGUGUAGCUGUAUUUUGAUUUUUGCACUUUAAUGCUCAAAGUUAUGUACAUUUAUCAUUUUAUAUUUGUAAUUUUUUUUUCUACAGAAAUAAAGCAGUUCCGUUAAAGCA